AUGGGCCAGAGCAACCACACCACCGUGAGGGAAUUUGUCUUCCUGGAACUCACUCACUUCCGGGAACUGGAGCUUUUCCUGUUUGUCAUCUUCCUAGCUGUGUACAUCACAACCGUGCUGGGCAAUGCCCUCAUCCUGGUGACCAUCACCUGGGAGUCCCACCUCCACACCCCCAUGUACUUUCUCCUGCGGAACAAAUCAAUCCUGGACAUCGUCUUUUCAUCCGUCACCGUUCCCAAGUUGCUGGUGGAUCUCUUAGCAGAGAGGAAAGCCAUCUCCUACAAUGGCUGCAUGGCACAAAUCUUUUUCUUCCACUUUGCUGGAGGGGCAGAUAUUUUUUUCCUCUCUGUGAUGGCCUGGGACAGAUAUCUCGCAAUCUCCAAACCCCUGCAUUACGUGACCAUCAUGAGGAAAGAGGUGUGGGUGGGAUUGGUGGUGGCUUCCUGGGUGGGUGGCGCUUUGCACUCCACUGUCCAGAUUAUUCUGAUGCUUCCACUCCCUUUCUGUGGCCCCAGCACCCUGGAUGCCUUCUACUGCGAUGUGCCCCAGGUGGUGAGACUGGCUUGCACUGACACCUUUGCUCUGGAGCUCCUCCUGAUCUCUAACAAUGGGCUGGUGACCCUGCUGUGGUUCCUCCUGCUCCUGGGAUCCUACACUGUCACCCUGGUGAUGCUGAGAUCUCACGCCAGGGAGGGCCAGAGCAGAGCUCUCUCCACCUGCACCUCCCACGUCCUGGUGGUGACUCUUCACUUUGUGCCCUGUGUUUACGUCUACUGCCGGCCCUUUACCACGCUGCCCAUGGACACAGCUGUGUCCAUCAAUAACACGGUCAUCACCCCCAUGCUGAACCCCCUGAUCUACACCCUGAGAAACCAGGAGAUGAAGGCAGCCAUGAAGAGACUGCAGAGGAGGCUUGGGCCUUUUGAGAGCAAUAAACUAGGAUAA